UUUUUUUAGUACCAAUUUCAGGCAAAAAUAGAGAACGGCGAAGAAAAAAAAUGAAUAGGGCUCCGGAGAAUGAUCUUUGCUCGAUAUGUCAUUCUCACUUCACGGCUCCUUGCCAAGCCAAUUGCUCUCAUUGGUUCUGUGGAAAUUGCAUAAUGCUUGUGUGGAGGCAUGGAUCUACACUACAGCCAUGCAAAUGCCCCUUGUGUCGUCGUCCCAUUAGUUUGCUCGUUCCUACAGAGGACACAACCCGAGACCAUAAUGACUCCACUGUUCUUCGUGAUCUUGAAACCUAUAACCGACUCUUUGGCGGACGACCAACUAGUUUAGUUCAGAGGAUGCAAGACCUUCCCUUCUUACUUCGGAGAUUGUUACGGGAAAUGAUGGAUCCACAAAGAACACUUCCACUUGUCAUCAGGGCCCGGGUUUAUAUCGCAAUGAUUCUCAGUGCUGUUUACAUAGUCAGUCCAAUUGAUAUCAUUCCAGAAGGAAUUCUUGGGGUAGUUGGUCUGCUUGAUGAUCUACUCAUAGCAUUGAUUUGCUUCCUCCAUGUUGCUGCUCUGUACCGCUCCGUUCUCUAUUUCCGUCAUGCCGGUUCGUGAACCCAGUGAAUGUUGUUGACAUUAUGUGCUCUUACGUUUUAUCUCUGUCUUUGUCGUUGAUCACUUAACCUUUAUAGACACGAUCGUGUUCUGUUUUUGACUAUGAAAUGGGUAAGGCUGAUAGGACCAUAGCUCAAAAAGCCUUGAACCACAAAUCAAUCAUCAUUCCUGAAACCUAUAGAUAAGCCUUUUUGACCAUCCCACUCAUGUCUCAGUGUCAUUUGCGGUUUGACUGAAGAAACUGUGAGGUUGAUAGGAACUUGAUGUUCACUCUCACUUAAG